AUGGUCCUUUUCUUUUCUUGUCGAGGAAGACCAGUUGUUAAUAAUGUCUGUCGCUCACCGCUAAAAGAAUUAAACAUUAGAUAUCCUAAUUCAAAAUGCUUUUUUAAUAUUAAUAUUGACCUUACGGUUUUAUUUAAAUCUACCUACCUACCUAUCUAUCUAUCUCAUUUUAUUUGUAUCUAUCUUCCUAUCUCAUUCUGUUCGUAUCUAUCGAUCUAUCUAUCUAAUUCUAUUCGUAUAUAUCUAUCUAAUUCUAUUCGUAUCUAUCUAUCUAUCUAUCUAUCUCUAUUCGUAUCUAUCUAUCUAUAUUCGUAUCUAUCAUUCUAUUCGUAUCUUUCUAUCUAUCUAUCUAAUUCUAUUCGUAUCUAUCUAUCUAUCUAUCUAUCUAUCUAUCUAUCUAUCUUACUCCGGAAUAGUUCUUUUUCAUUGGAAUUAUGCGAUGAUUAUAAACGCAGUGUCCCUUAUAAACGGAAUAGUUCUUUUUCAUUGGAAUUAUGCGAUGAUUAUAAAUACAGUGUCCCUUAUAAGCGGAAUAGUUCUUUUUCAUUGGAAUUAUGCGAUGAUUAUAAACGCAGUGUCCCUUAUAAACGGAAUAGUUCUUUUUCAUUGGAAUUAUGCGAUGAUUAUAAAUACAGUGUCCCUUAUAAGCGGAAUAGUUCUUUUUCAUUGGAAUUAGGCAAUGACUAUAAAUACAGUGUCACUUAUAAACGGAAUAGUUUUCUUUCAUUGGAAUGA